CGCCGUCACCCCGCGGUCCCGCCGGGGGCUUCUCCCCGCGGCAGCGCAUCCCCGUCGCGGGUGGGGAAGGCAGCCCCGCGCAGCCCGGCCCCACCAUGACUUCCAAAGAAGAACCCAAGCCCUCCUCGGGGGAAGAACGGCGGCGGAGCCCUCUGGAUCACCUCCCACCGCCGGCCAACUCCAACAAACCCCUCACCCCCUUCAGCAUCGAGGACAUCCUCAACAAGCCCUCGGUGCGGAGGAGUUACACCCUCUGCGGAACGGCCCACCUCCUCUCCGCCGCCGAGAAGCACCCCCCGGCCGGGCUGCCCCUCUCCGGCCGGGCGCUGCUCUCCCAGACCUCGCCCCUCUGCGCCCUGGAAGAGCUGGCCAGCAAGACCUUCAAGGGGCUGGAAGUCAGCGUGCUGCAGGCGGCCGAAGGUAAGCGCAUCUCAGAGUAGGGGGUCCUCCGAGGGGUGGG